AUGGCCUCUGCAACUGGCAUUCCCCAAGAGCAUCCGGUGACGAUUGAGUCGCGAGACGAUGAACCUCUAUUGGGUCGGGAAGAACACUCACAGCCACAUGGAAGUAUUGCUCGGAACUUGUUCACAGGCACGGCAAGUGUUGCGCAAGCCGGCAUCUGGAUUCUCGCAGCGUUGGUCUGGCAAGGAGUUCUCUCCCAGCCGGUUUCUUUCUUCACUCCACAUCCACUCCUCGGCAGUUCUGCGCUUCUCUUACAAGUUCAGGCAGCGCUUAUCUUACAACCAACUGCCACUCCGCAACAGAAGCUCACAGGCACCCGAAUUCACUACCUAAUCCAACUACUCAGUGUGGUGCUUUUUAUCUCAGCUUUCGUCAUUAUCGAGGUGAACAAGGGGUCUCACCCUCACUUUGUUUCCCCGCACGGCAUCCUAGGUCUUGUCACAUACAUUUCGAUAGUGCUCCAAGCGCUUGGAGGACUGGCUCAGUACUUAUUCCCGACAGUCAUUUUUGGCAGUGUCGAGGCGGGAAAGCGCGUCUACAAAUAUCAUCGCUGGGCCGGCUAUGUUUUGCUACUGCUGGAGAUGGCGACUGUCGUGGCGGCGACGCAGACCACCUACAACAUAGCGGCGCUGCAUGUCCCGCUAUAUGGGGUCCUUGUGUCGGCUGCCUUGAUUCUGCUUGGGGUGGGCGCAAGAAUCAAGAAGCGCAAGCUGGGGCUGAGAAAUUGA